CACACUUCCACCUAAAGCUCUUCCCGCCAUUCAGUUCAAAUGACGAUGGACGACAAGGAAAAUGCGGUUCCAGAAGAAAUCUUGCGCCAUGGCUCACGAAAGCCGAAGAAGCCACCUCCAGUCACCCCGAAACGCUUCACACGUUUCUUUACGCCACGCUCUUCCAUCAGUCGAGUCACGAAAACCACACCAAGCAAGGCAGGGCGACAACUGAGAGAAAUCACUCAGCAAGGGCUGAAUGCGAAGUCAGCCAAGUUUUCAAGGAGCAGAUCACCUCGAAAGACCGUCGUGUUCCAAGAUAUAGAUCAGCUUCAGAAUGCGGUUGUUACUCCUUCAAUGUCGUCGAAAAAGAGGAAGGCAUACCUGAGCCCUGAGUCACUACCUUUUGACUCAUCUCCUUGCAAAAGAACCUGUCCAGAAGAAAACAUAGAGGAAUGUAUUCCAAGCUCGCCGCCAGAGUAUGUGCGACAUAAUCGAGUGCUCUUGGACCGAAGCGUUAGCCCUGAGCUUAGGCUACCACCGCGACCAAUACGCCAUAUCUCAAACUCGAAUAUUAGCGGUGAAACUUUGGAGAGGUCAUUCGGAGGCAUAAAGAUUACAGGGAGAGGAAGGCGGAGACCGAAUUGCACAUAUUGGCAAGCUCAUGCAGCGGACUUUUACUCACGACCCGAAGAUGCACAUCUCUAUACUGGUUCGGCUUUGCCGUACUGCACAACGAGCUGCAAUACCAACUCAUUAAUUGCCGUUGGUGAUGAGACGGGCACGAUUAGCAUCAUAGAUACCGCUAAGGACAGCAAGCAUGGUUUCUCAGCGACGCAUUUGACCUUUCAGCCGCACGCCAAUGCAGUUAUGGACUUAGCCUUCUCUUCAGACGACACUAUGUUGGCAACAGCGUCUGGAGAUCAGACUUCCCGAAUCAUAGAUAUGCAUACUCAAAGGGUCAAAUACAUAAUGCAUGCUCACUCCACCUCUGUUAAGCAAGUUCGAUUUCAACCUGGCAAUGACAAUGUCUUGGCUACCUCAAGUCGGGAUGGUGAUAUUCACAUCUGGGACUUGCGGUGCAAAGGGAGCGAAACUCUGAUCGUAGAGACUAGUCGACCAACUCAUGUGACAAUGGCUAGUUUACUUACUAAACAGUACAAAGCAUUCAAUGCCAGCCCAUAUAAUAGCAUACUGGCAGCGCAUUCUUCUCCCUACCCAACUGCUGAUGAGGUGCCAUCAUCCACAAGAGAUGCGGCAGGCAAGGAUCCAUCCACUUUGGCAGUAUCGCGAAAUGGUAUCGUUUCUGUAACAGCAUUGGCAUUUUUGAACUCUCCUGGCAGAUCACAUUUACUCCUAUCGGGCUCAGAAGCAAGCACAACGCUACGUCUGUGGGAUAUUAGGAACAGAUAUUCACGGCGUGGCCCAGCAACACCGCUUUCGACAACUCUUGAGCCGGAGUCGCAUUCUCGGCAUCGGCAUUUUGGCAUCACGUCUCUCCUCCUCAACCAGCAGGGAAGCAGAAUCUUUGUCUUGAGUAGAGACAGUACCGUAUACGCAUACAGCGCGGCGCAUCUCAUAAAUGGCCAUGCACCGCAGCUUGAGCGAGAUUUUACGGCAAAACACCAGCGGUCUAUGGCCGACAGCCGCAAAGGGCUGGGCCCACUCUACGGACUACGGCAUCCGAAACUACAUGCGUCAACAUUUUACGUCAAGGCUGCUCUUCGACCUGCCAAGGAUGACAAGGUAGAGAUGUUGGCCGUUGGCAGUGCGGACGGAUGUGCUGUUCUCUUCCCUACCGACGAGUCCAGUUUCCCCUCUACGGAACCUGUGCUACUCCCUUCUGGAAUGAAUACACCACUCGUUGGUCCAGCGUCUAGUCCUCUAUCAACUGUACGGCCACCCCUUCGACGAGCUGCAUCGUCUAGCCUUGGUCUCAGCGCACGCAUGAGAGAUAGUAUACCUAUAUACUCCCCUGGGACAGCUCUCAUCGCAGGCCAUAGUCGCGAAGUCACUGAUGUAAGCUGGACACAUGACGGAGAUUUUGUUACUCUUAGCGAUGACCACUCAGCAAGGCUUUGGCGUGAGGGCCCACAGGCGAGAGCAAUGCGUACUGCAACUGAUGGGAACUCGAUGCGCGCAGGAUGGGGUUGGGCAGAUGUGGAUGAAAGCUGGGAUAAUGAUGAUGACUAAAUGUUGUUGGCCUGAUUUUCCAUGCAUAACUUGGCGUUCGAGGGUUAUAGCAUAGCGUGGCGUGAUUAAAUAAGGAUAUUAGACAAAGGUAUCGAUUCAGACGGAAUUAUCAGUUAUUGCAAUUCGAAUCCACAAUCCCACCACCAUAUAGCACUACUCAGCUCUGAGUGCAGUUUAUUGGAAUGUGGCGUACUCGUGCAAGAUAUAUUACCAUGAGCACUCUGCUAC